AUGGCCUACACCGGCCUCACGGUGUCUCUCAUCGUGAUGAGCGUGUUCUGUGGUUUCAUCAGCUUCCUGGGGCCCCGGUUCAUCUCGAAGGGUCCCAACCGGGAAGUUAGCAUCACCACACCGGUGACCUGUUCCGUUUGCUGUUAUUUCUUUUGGCCGAUUGCAAUUCUGGCCCAACUCAACCCUCUCUUUGGAACACAGUUGAAAAAUGAAACCAUUUGGUACCUCAAGCAUCAUUGGCCUUGA